AUGGCUGCUGACUGGCAAUCAGAGUGCCUCGUGCCUCAGAACCAGCCCUCUCUCGAUACCGUUGGGGCUCAUUCAGAUCGGGCUUUGCAGAAUACCUCUGGGAAUGUCCAGUCAUACAAUGAUGUCUUGACUCAUGAUGUCGCUGGUCGUGAUGACCAUCUCCAGCAGAUGGGUUACAAGUAUCCUCAACCUCCUAUGCAUCAUCAAGUCGCCGCCCCCAACCUGCACCACCACCAGCAAGUCGCAGCUCGGCUUCAUGCUCGCAAGCUUCGCCGGCUUCACUCGGUAGGCCCUAAUGUAGCCCCUCGACGAGGACGAAGCUACCUCAAGUCUCAAAAGUACUUGGAGUAUCGGGCACGUCCUCGACGGGACACUGGUAAGGAUGGAGAACCAGUGUGGUCUGAUGAACUGGAAGAUGCCUUCCAGCAGGCUCUCGAAGCCAACCCUCCGAUGGGUCGACGCAAGUGGUCCGAACGGGGCAAGUCAUACGGCCGGAAUGAGUUGAUUGCCGAAUACAUCUUCAAAUUGACUGGAAAGCGACGAACUCGCAAGCAGGUUUCGAGCCACCUUCAAGUACUUGACUCAUUUCUGAAAGGAGACCCGGACUGGGAGCGUCUUGUGCGUGAAGCAUCCGCUGAGCGACCAAGUGGACAUUCUCAAGCUUCAACACCCAAAUGGAGAGCUUCCAUGGACCAUGGAGUGUCCAGUCACUACGGUGCCCCACAGCAGUACCACGACCCUAUGCGCUCGAUUCAGCCAUACGCAGGAGACCUACCGCCUCCUCACUAUACUCUAGGCUCGAACAUGCAAGAAACCGGGACCAAAAACAUUCAUGGCUUCAGCUUUGACAUGUGGGUCAGCGCGCCUCAACAGGCUAACCGCGUUGACAAGGCUCUCCAUGCAUACACCCGUCUCCAAGGCGACCUGCAUCACCCUGCUCCUCCUACGCCGCUGGAGAAUGUUAAUGGUUGGCGAACAUCAUUCCCUGAAUUAUCAUCGAUCAUUGACGAAGGGUCUCUUGACUGUGACAUUAUCAUGCUGGAGGUCAACUUGCAGCUCAUGACCGACUUCCCUCCCCCAGGAUCUCGUCUUGGUAUUCAAUUAGACCUCGACUUUGCCCACCCUACCGCCGGUGACGUGUUUAUGGUAGGCCAGAUGGAAGACUGGACCUGCAGUACACGUAUAUAUGAAAGUGGGCGAGCGCAAAUGGAGACAUACCACCCACUUCCGAAACCUCAAUCAACCAAGAUCAAGCCUCUCUUCGAAUCGCAAUGGUGGGCGAAGCUCUUCACUGAGUUAACCCAGGAUAAGCGCAUUGCGGAAGACUCUGCUCAGCAAGAAAACAUUCAGUCUACUGAUGAACGUACCCGACGCUACCUGCGUUCCCUGUCAGCAGUACAGGAGAUCCGCGCUACUCCACCCAGCUCCCGGCGGCUAUCCAACGCAUUCCAGGGCCAUGGGCAGCAAGAUGAGAGUGAGCGAAUGGCCAUAUUGGUCUGGAAAUUCCGCCAAACCCGCCCUGGCGAGGUUGGCACAACUACUUGGCGCCGGCUCAUUCCGCCACCGGAUCGGACUCAAACCAAUAGCCCCCGGCCAGGUGCUGGUGUCGGUGUUGAUCUUCCCCCUCUCUCCCUGGAUUCCAUCCUUCUCAACAAACCCUCUCAAAGCGUCUACCAGACGCAGCAGCCUCAUGAUCUGAUUCACCAAGGCCAAUCCCACACACAAUGGCCCAUGUACCCAUCAUCCCACGACAAUGUGGCUAAUAUGUUUAAUGCCUCUGGUCAUCUUGACUUUAUGGCCUCUAUCACGAAAGCCGAAGAUGCUCUCGAUCAUAAGACAGCCGUCACCUCCGUGCUGGACUCCUUCGCGACCAGCCUCGCCCCGGAGACAUCCCAACCAACCAGCCUAAGCAUUCCCAGCGGGGGGAACGGGGGGCCAGUGAUGAUGAAUAUGCACGACAUCCCACUUUCCCACCCAUCUCUUGGCUACAACAUUGGUCACGACACUGGCCAUUACUUGCCCCCUCAACAGCACAGCGUUGGUCUUCAUGACAGUAACAGCCACAGUGUGCUAAAUGGCUUCUUCGGAACGGGAUCUCAAUCCUUAGAGGAUCUUGGCCAUGCCCAAGCUUCCUGGGGUGCUCACACCCCCAUUCCAGGAGAUGUCAGUGCCGGUGGAUAUCACCACAUGCCAUUUGCAGAGCACCAAGCUGUAUCGCGCGAGCCACAGCAAACACAUCAUUUCGAUGGUAUCUCUGAAGACUUGAUGGACAAGCUCGUUGGCCGCAUGUCAAACGGUCCUAGUAUGCACGGGGCAGGCCCCGAACAUACAACUUCCUACGCAGAUGAUGGGACUGUGGAUGCAGUGUAA